ACCCGGUGAAACGAGCGCGCGAGUGGGAGACGUUUAAGUGAACGAGCGUCUGAGCUGGCAGAACAGACAGAGACGGAGAAACGGACGAAGGAAAGAGGGAAGAAACGACAGGGACGCCUUGUGUAUCGUGUGGCGCUCUGCAGUGCGACAUUCGACGACAACACACGCUUGUGCCGCUUACCAUCCUAGGCCGGCUGCUAAUCAACUUUCGUACACGCUCUUCCGUUCGGCUCCGCUGGCGUUCUCCUUUGUUCUCUCCUUCGACCUCGAGCCAGUCGCCGGUCGAUCGCUCGUCGAUGCGCCGAUUUUUCACCUGGCCCGAACACCUACGAGCAUUCAAACUAAUUCACUCCGAGGGCCACGUAUGGAACCGUUGAUUCGAAGCUGAAAGACCACGUUUCAUGGAGUUCUUCAUCAACGAACAACUAGAAGUUCGACUGCCACGAACAACGAAGAAAUUUUAUCCAAAGUAUCGAGAAGAGUAACGAUAAGAAUUUGACUGUCGAAGUCGUGAAUUUGUAAUUAGUAAAAGAAAAGAACGUCGAAUCGUAAACAGAAGUAGCGACCAGUGUUCGACGAGGACGCUUUUAUUCGAGCAGCGAACGAACCGACGCUCAGCAGGCAAAGCCGAAGGUUUGAGAAAGGAAAAUACGCUCGAGUGCAGUGCCCGCGACACGAAGCGUCGACGGAGGAUGUGCACGCUGCCCUCGUGAAAUAAGCCUGGCCGAUGCCUUCCGGACAACGAUCGCGUCACGAACGGGAUGUGAAACGAGCCACGUGAAUGUUGUGCGCCAGUGAAUCUUCCUUUCCGCCAGGCGAAUUAUUCUGGACCGGCAUGGAGCCCGUGAAAGCCAAAAUGGCUCCCACAGGGAUGCCUCCAGUUACCGGUGUCCUACAGCCGCCGGCGGGUUCAACGUUGUCAGGGACCACCAUGGCAAACUACAAGAAAAGUUGGUGGAGAAGAGUGGCCCCCUGCUUGGCAUUUCUUGCCGCUUUUUCCACCGCCAUGGCGUUGCUCCUCGUCUGGAGCGAAGCUGCAGCUUUGAGGAGGCAAGCGUUUGACGCCAACAUGACGAGGGACUAUGUGUUGAACAGCGUCUCGAUGGACAAUCCGGAAUUGGUUGCAUAUAUUAGAGAAGUCCAAUUGAAGCCCACCACUCAGCAGGAUCCCUUGAACGCCACACAGACCUCGGAGGAGAGGUACGUGUCGAGUCUCACGGAAGGGAAACGCGAGGGUGUCUAUGUGGAGUAUAUUAGCAGGAUAGGAGCAGUCUCCAGCACAGGUUGGUUAGAGAGAAACUUGAGUUGGAGAGGUGUGUUGAUCCUGACAGAUCCACGAAGCUUCUUCGAGGCUCACAGAAGCACCAGGAAUCCAAAAACUAGAGUUCUUCACGCGUGUCUGAGUACCGAUAAGGAUACCAAAGAGAUUACUUAUCAUCAAGAAUCGGAAGUGCAAGUUACCAAGUUGGGUGAGGGUCCGAACAGUCUGGUGUCUCCGGACGAGGGUCUGCCCACUACCAGAUUGAAAUGCUUCCCUCUGUAUAGUGUGCUGUUGGCGUACAGUGCUACCACUUUGGAUUAUUUGAGUCUCGAUAGCCCUGAUGCUCAGGAUGGCCAGGUGCUCGACACGAUUCCCUGGGAAACAACGAGAAUAUCCGUGCUGUCCAUCCGCUGGAGUCCUCAUCACAGCGAAACGGAGACGAAAAACCUGAUCGAUAAAAUGACGAGCAGAAGAUACAAGCUGAUGUACACGACGGACACCGGGAAAUUGAUCUUCUUGUACAACGCGUUGCUUAAGAUUUGAUCCUUGACUUAGGACGCUUUCAACCAUGGACCGUUCUACGUUCAUCGUGGCUUUCGUUUUUUUUAAAAGCUCGUACAGCGAACGAGAAAUAUUUUGUUUCGAACAAAUCAAAGAUCGUUCAGGUUACUGGUAUCAUCGCACGAAACGCGAUCAGCGAAGGGUUGCUGUUUCGUCGUUGAGAAUCUCUGAACGUUGCUUUUAUUUUUCGUGGAAACACGUUUCUUUUCGCUACAACGUAGAACAAGCCAAGACUUCUUAUUUUUUCUAUUCGAACUCGAGCGGGAACUUCUUUUUAUUUCGCCGUCGGUUCAAUGCGUGACUAAGACUGAGAGAAUUAUUUUUGUUCGCGAAGCAUUUUAACCCUCGAUAGACAUUUCAUUUUAUUUACAAUAUCUGCUAUUUUGCUGUUAAAUAUUUUUUGAUAAACUUUGCUUUGAAAAUAAGCUUUUUGUCGAAUUAGAUCUCUGGGUCUCCGUAACUGUGUCUCCGUCGAGGGUUAAUUUAUGUUCGAUUAUGCUCUCUUCUAGCCUACGCCUCACGGAAGAGUAAACCAAAACGAAGAGAAAGUGAACGUAUUUAGUUUCGUACUCGAUAUUUUAGCGUAGGUUUUAACGUUAAGAAGUUGUCUGAUGUAGAUACCACGACAUUUUACGAUGUAGAUUUUAAUAUUCGUCAAAGAUGGCGGCAGACUCGUGGACCGUUUUCUUCCCACCAAAAUCGAUGUUCACUCGCGGGUAAACGAGCACUGUCGCAGUGAUAAUCGAUCAUUUACUCUGAUUACCUACACGGGCCUUAUUAGCACGUAAGAUAUUUAAGAUGUUAAGUGAACUAUUCGCUUUGCAAGUUAUACGAAAAUUUGCGUAUUGAUAUUUCAAAUUAUUGCUGUCGGUAUUCAUAUUUAAUUGUGUAUCUUUAUGUACUUUUCGUAAUUUCUGUAAAAAGAUCAUUUAAUUCUUUGAACAACCUCAGAGAUUAUUUAUUCCUUUCUUUGUAUGACGCUUAUUAGUGUUGUGAGUUUGGUAUUUUCAAGGGUGGGGAAUUUGGGGGAUAGGAAAUUUGGGG